GCCCCAGUUGCCUUCAUCCUCGGCGCAAGCCCCGGCGUCGGGUACAGCGUCGCCCACGCCCUCAAAGCGCACGGCUACAAAGUCGCCCUCGGCUCGCGCCACCCCCACCCCUCUCCGGACGACUCAGAGGACCCGGAUAAAGACUUCUUGCGCGUCGCUGUCGACGUGGGCGACCCCGCGUCCGUAAAGGCUGCGUUCGAGCACGUCCGGCGGGAGAUGGGCGUGCCGAGCGUGGUGGUGCACAACGUCUCGACCAACCCCUCGGCCCCCAACCCCGCCGACCCGCUCUCCCUGCCCUACACCGACUUCGCCGCGGGCGUCGCCACCGGCGCGGGCGUCCUCGCCGCCGCGCAGCACGCGCUCGCCGGGUUCCGCUCGCUCAAGCAAAGUGACCCCGACGCCGCGCACCAUGCGCCGAAAGUCUUCAUCACCACAGGCAACAUCAUGCCCUUCCGCCCCGCCAUCCCCCUCUUCGCCACCCUCGCGGCACAGAAGAAAGUGUCCGCGCACGUGAUGGAGCUCUGCGCGGGGGCGUACGCGAGCGAGGGUUUCCGAUUCUACUUCGCCUCGCAGGUAAACGACAAGGGUGGGUUCCCGGGGGACGAGUUCAACCCGCGCGCGCACGCCGUCGCCUACUGGGACAUCAUAUCCUUACAAAAGCAGGGGAGAUGGGAUUAUAGG